AUGUUUCAUCUUGCAUCCUUUAUAGGAAUCCUCUUGAUGAGCUUCAAGGAUUCGAGAAAUGCAGCUAUGAACUCAAUCGUUAUACUCAUCUUGCUCAGUAUGAUCCCUAAGGUAAUUCCGCAUGAAAAUUGCAAGUCAGAGAAACUGCGGGAAUUGAUUCUAGAGACGGUAGGGUUAUAUCCACAUCAGUACAGUUAUCAAGCCAAAUACAUGAAGAAACAAGCAGAGGAGAGAUUCGGAAACUGGUGGAGUGCCGUAAUAAUAAGCGAUCGAGGAGGUUAUGGAAUGAGUGCUGUGUAUGACCAAUACCGUAACACAAGUUGUGAGAUGCAGCUAUUUGAUACGUACUAUUGGCUAGGCCGGACCUGUUAA